AGCAGUUACUGAACCUAAAGGAAUGAAAUUGGGCUUGACAGCAUUUGAGCUGGAAAAUUGGUGUAAAUUACAUUUAAAUUGCUCCUUUAAUAUUAAGCUGCACUGUAACAUUCCACCAGGUGGCGCCACUUCCCAUGUUUUUUUUUUUUAACUGAAACAAAUAAGGCAGUUAUUUAAUUACUUUAUUAAGCUUCACACAUUAAUGACCGUGUCUUGUAUAAUGACCGAAACCUUUUAGUAUUAUUUGUGUUUUUAAUUUGCCAGGACAAAAAAACAAAGAAGACAAACAGUGCAUGAUAACCAAAGUGUGUGAAAUGUAAAGGGCAGCUCCUGACCACAGUGAAACCGGAAGCAGGAGACCGGUACUAGCGCGAAGUGAGGCGUUAUUUUUCUCCCUACCCGUAUUCCGACAAAUCCAUCCUCCUGUGUUAGGAUUGGAUAGUAGUUUUUGUAUCCUGCGCUACGAUUGGCUGGUUAGCUGUCAAUCAGCGGAGGACGCCGGAGUGUAUAUUAAUAGGCAGUCUUAUCUCAGAAGGCGGGGUUUGUCGGAAUACGGGUAGAGGAGGAGACCGCUGAAGUGAGUAGCUGUCGGUGCGCUUGGAAACUGAUAAUUGAAUAUAUAUAAUAUAAAUGUAGCGAUAAAAAGAGGAAAAAGUCGUAUUGAUAUUGAAAUUGGGAAUUUGGGAAGAAUUGUUCGACUGACUGAGAAGAAGUUGGGAAGCUAGGCGGCUCUCACAGCUAACGUUCUUAGCCGCAGGAGUCCGGUUCGGGUAUCUGGGUCCGGUUCGGGUGUUUGGGUCCGGUUCGGGUGUUUGGGUCCGGUUCGGGUGUUUGGGUCCGGAGACACCGAGAGUGCCGCGUUGUGAAGAGGAGAAGAGGCGCGUGAAGGUGCAGAAUGACGGGGAAAUCAGUGAAAGAUGUUGACCGUUAUCAGGCGCUGCUGUCAUCACUGCUCGCGCUGGAGGAAAACAAGUUCUGCGCUGACUGUAGAGCUAAAGGCCCCAGAUGGGCAUCCUGGAAUUUGGGAAUCUUCAUCUGUAUCCGCUGUGCAGGAAUCCACCGGAAUCUCGGCGUUCACAUAUCCAGGGUCAAAUCUGUCAACCUGGACCAAUGGACACAGGAGCAAAUUCUGUGUAUGCAGGAGAUGGGGAAUGCCAAGGCACGGCGCCUGUACGAGGCCUUUUUACCCGAGUGCUUCCAGCGUCCAGAGACAGACCAAUCAGCUGAGGUCUUCAUCCGGGACAAGUAUGAAAAAAAGAAAUAUAUGGACAAGUGUAUUGACAUCCAAACAUUCCGAAAAGAGAAGAGUGAGGCAGUAACAAAAGAGCCACCUGUUGUUUUCGAGAAGAUGAAGCUGAAGAAGGAGGAGCCUCAGCAAUAUAAGAGUAGUCCAAAGACGCAGUCUCAGUCAGUAAAUGACCUUUUAGGACUAGACGCUCCUGUCGCGUCGGCUCCAGUAGCGAAUGGCAAUGCCAGUCCUGAGCAAAGUCUUGCACUGGAUCUGUUCAGUUCCCUGCCUACAGCCACCUCACAUUCAGCCAGAAGCACACCUGGCUCCAGUUCUGUGUCCAGCUCUAUGGCUAAAGGUCGGGCCGCAGCGUCAGUACCGGAGAACCUGAGCCUCUUCCUGGACCCACCCACCAAAAAUGAAGAAAGCAGCAGAAAGAUGUCCAAAGACUCCAUCCUGUCACUGUACAGCAGUGUAACACCUCAGACCAACAUGGCUGCUAAUGCUGGCAUGUACAUGGGGGCAGCUCAAAUGGGAUACGCCCCUGCACCUGUAUAUGGGCACUACCAGGCUCUGGCCACACAGCCAGCAAUGAUGGGAACCAUGAUGGCCCCUCAGGUGAACAUGCUGGGGCAGCCAGGUGUCAUGGCACCAACAGGAGUGGCCACUCCAUCUCAGUAUAUGGCAGGUGUGCAGGGGGGCAUGAUGGGAGUGCAGGGGGGCAUGAUGGGAGGCGUUGGGGCGCUGCCACAGCAGGCAUACACAGUGCAGCAGACUCAGCAGCUACAGUGGAACAUCACCCAGAUGACUCACCACAUGGCGGGGAUGAACUUUUACGGCCAGAACCGCAUGACGGGAUACGGACAGCCCAUGGGCGGAGCCUCAGCUCCCAGCACUAAUCAGAUGCUCGGCUCUCAUGUAUGGAAGUGAAAGCAUGCCGAGUAAAACGUGUCGGUUUGGGAGCAUCGCAAUAAACUGUAAGGGAAUAGAGGGAGGCUUUUACAUACUCUUCAUCUAACAUUCCUUCAACAGUGAAGAGGAAAUGUUAUUUUAGAGGAUCAACCUCAAGAGGAAGAGUUUCUACCUCCUGUGUUUUUCAUAGCCAUUUAUAAAUCCUGGGACCAGAAACGAUGUGGUCCAGGAGUCCAGCAUCUCUCUCCUCUCUCAUAGCAGCUACACCCCAAACACAGCAGCUCUCCUGAGCUACACCCUAAACCCCACGCAGCGUCCUUCACUUCCUCAGACGUGUAGUAGCUGCUACGUUUUGUCUGCAUGUAGGUUCUGAGAUUUUAAGCUGUUCUUGCGUGUUCUUUUAUCUCACUGUCGUCUUUACGCUGUUACACUUUCCCUAGUGGUACGCACUUACUAAACCUGCAUGCACUGACUGCUAAGCUACACGCAUAAGCAGAGACUAUAUAAUGCGCCGAGACGUGUUCGUUAAGCAUAUACCUUAACUAAAGUGAUGCUGCUGUUUUGGUCCCAGUGUUCCUGUCGAUUUUUUGUUUGUUUGUUUGUUUGUUUGUUUCCCCCGGCUCCUGUGGAUGUUGAAGCCUGUAUUAGACAGCUGGAUUGUAUGCACCUUUUCUCUUUGUGUAAUCUAGGGUACUGUGAUGGAGCUGUAGUCCAGCUACUCUCCUUCUUCCCACUCAGGAGGGAAAUGUAAGAGAUGGGUUCUCAUAUCAUACUGAGAGAAAUCAUAGCCAAAGAAUGCAGAAUUAUUCAUUUAGGUAAAAAAAAAAAAAAUUAUAACAGAUUUCAAUGCUUGCAGGAACAGUUUUCUGGUGACAAGCUAUUGAUUAGUCCUGUGAUCUCUAAAUGUAUAUCUGAUGUAUGUAUAUGUGAUUGCCUCAAGCACCCAAUGCCACAUUUGAUUAUAUGAGCAGAGCACUUUUUAUUUUUUCACUGUAUAUAGGGUGCUCUCCAACUGAUGAGGGUCACACUUAAUGUUUUAGGGUUUAGGGUUUUAAUCGUUCAAACCGUACCUCUCGGCUUCAGUCUGUACAGAGACCAAAUGAAUGUUUCUCACUCGCAUCCUGUGCUCCAGACGGCAGAUUUCAUGUGGUUGUUUCAAGUCGCUCAGAUCCGGGCUGUAUUUACACGGCCUUACGUUGAAGCCUCUGAAGCACAGAUAUUAACUGUAAGGCUCAUUAACGCGUGACACACUGAGAGUUCACUGCUGUUUUGCAAUACACAUUCCUCUGAUCAUGUGAGAGGUGGUCAUGUGUACACAGAUGUCCGCCUUGCUUUUGCAUGUUAAUACAGAUUUUGCAGGAACAUGAAUGUGGUAAGGAAUUUUUUUUAAACAGAUUUGGCAAUAUUUAGCUUCCACUGUGCUCCACAUAGCAAAAAAAAACUUUCGGACAUUAUUGUAACAGAAUAAUCUCUUGCUUUCAUGCUGUCUCUCACUCUUAUUUGAGAAUGUAUAUCUCUGUGGCUGACACUGUACAAUGUCGAAUGCUUUGCUAACCCGUUUUAUUUCUACAACUAAAUGUGAAACCCUAUAUCUAUACACAUUCCAUACUAUAAUUUUGUCCAAACAUCUUGAAUAUUUUACUUCCUCAUAAUCAUCAGGACGUUAUUAAAGGGAAAAUCCACCCGGAACAGUUUGCAAUAUUAAUCUGUAUAAUCAACAUUUGAUCUUCAGUGGCUUCCGAGACUGAUUUUAUACUGAAAUUCUGAGUUGACUUGGUCUAUUUUCACUUUGUUUACAGGUUGCUUACGUUACCCACAAUGCCAUUCAAUGACCUGCCAAUAGUGAUACCUCUACCUAAAAAAGAGCAGUGCAGCAGCACUUUAGUUCUUUAGACCGUCCAGCUCUCUCAAUUCCUCAUCUGUACACUCUGUUUAAACAGAUCCGCUUCUGAAGCUGCACCUUUCAUGCUAAUACCGCCGUCAAUGGCGUCUAACUGGAGAAGCCGAGUCUCUGCCAUAACUCGGAACGCAGCUAUGUUGUAUUGCAUUCUGGGACUUUGAGUCUAACUUUUGUUGUCUCCACUAAUUCUAUGUCAUAUUAAGAUGACAUGAAAUGUCGCUGGAAAAUGCAACCACUGACCUCUCAUAAGCAUAACGAAAAUACAGCACCAGUCAACAGAUUAGCACCCGAAUCACUAAACACAUCACAAAUAUUUCAGUAUAAAGAUAUUUAAUGUGAUUCAGGGUGGCGUUUUCCUUUAAGGCAUUUUGUUACAGAAGCAUGCACGUCUGGCUUAAUAAUCCAAGAUUUUGACCAACACUGUUCAAGUUACUAGGGGAAGAAAUACAGAUUGGUCAUUGAAAUGAUUCCAUAAGCAAACUAUAUUGCUAAAAAACUGUGUUUCUGAAUGGCUUGGCAUGUUCAUCGGCCAUAAGUCACCACUCAACACUGAAACUGUUCAACAAGACAUUGAGCUGUAUGGUUAUGGUGUGGUUGCUUGUUUGUCACAGGAAAGAAAAUGUACCUUUUCGUGUGUAAAAACCAUAAAGCAAUACUGGAUUAGCUACAAAACAUGGAGUAUGCUGUUGCAUCAACAAGUCAGUGUAAUAGAAAUCUAGCACUGUCUGCAGGAUUACUGUUGUAUUGAGCACUGUUGUAUAGAGUAGGUUGAAUAUCAUUAACAUGCACAUGCCUGCAACACACAAUGACAAAACGCUCUUCUCGUUUCCCUUAGAAAACGUAAAAGAAUAUUUUGUUUAUAUCAUUUUGAAAGACUUGUAUUAAAGGUUUGAGAGCAGAGCAUGUGGCCUCAUGGCAGAGUUGGACAGAAUCAGUCUGAGGAAUGCCCUUCUCCUCUUCGGUGUUCCGGUGCUAAUGUUUUGUUAGGACUAUGUGACUGUGAGGAGAGCGGAGUUAUGGAUCAUAUUUACUUCUCUGUGAAUUCUCAGUAUCGGAGCAAAGCAAAGACUGCUGCAGUUCUUAAAGUUUCAUCAUCAAGGUCCAGCAUUCUGAAUGCAUACAUCUGUGGAUAACUGAAUGUGUAAUGCUUAAUCAUGUCUGCUUCUUUUUGAUAUGUUUUAGGGUUUUCAAAAUGUGUAUAUUACGAAGGCUGGAUUAAAUAAUAACAUAAUAAAGAAAGGUAUUUUAUCCUCA